GGACGUCAGGGCGCUUUGGUGGACAGUGGGUAGGGAUUGAGGCUUCCAGACGCCUUAAACCCCCGCCCAUGCUCCGGAAAAACAAAACCGGCUUGCGAGAUCCUGCAGCGUCCGAAGACACCACUGCGCGGAACGUCACCCUUGCUCUGGAUUUGGGGGAAAGCGCACCGGACGAAGGAGGAUGGUUCGGCGUGGGCUGAGCUGGAAGGGGUUCUCUGCUCAUCCGGCCGCCGCCUUCGCGUCGCUGCCUCCCGGGCUGUGCAGCAUUUUGGGGGUGGCGGCCGCGAGGCCGAGCAGGGGAUGCGCUUACAUAACCGCUCGCCGUGUCCUGCUGCCUCGAGCUCUCGGGAGCCGCGGGCGGGGCGCGCCACCGGACCGCGAUGCUGCCGGGACCAGCGCGGCCGGGCCCGGGCCGGCCCGGCAGGCGGAGGAGCGGGAGCAUCGGCGGGAGGAGGGCGCCGGCGGCGGGGGAGGUGAAGCCCCUCCAGGCCGGCCUUCCACGCCUCCUGCUAUGAUGCCUGGGCAGAUCCCAGACCCUUCAGUGACCGCAGGCUCUCUGCCAGGGCUUGGCCCCCUCACCGGACUUCCCAGCUCUGCUCUGACCACAGAGGAGCUGAAAUACGCUGACAUCCGCAACAUUGGGGCAAUGAUUGCGCCCUUGCACUUCCUGGAGGUGAAGCUGGGCAAGAGGCCCCAACCCGUGAAGAGUGAGCUAGAUGAGGAAGAAGAGCGAAGGAAAAGGCGCCGAGAGAAGAACAAAGUCGCUGCGGCCAGAUGCCGGAACAAGAAGAAGGAACGAACGGAGUUCCUGCAGAGGGAGUCAGAACGGCUGGAGCUCAUGAACGCAGAGCUGAAGACCCAGAUAGAGGAGCUGAAACUGGAACGGCAACAGCUUAUCCUGAUGCUCAACCGCCACCGUCCAACCUGUAUCGUGCGCACAGACAGCGUCAGGACCCCCGAGUCCGAAGGCAACCCGCUGCUGGAGCAGCUGGACAAGAAGUGACUGAAGGCCUGGAGGAGGCAUCAGAGGAAGAGGAGGAAGGGGAGGAGCAGCAAAGGGGAAGAGGAGGAGCAAGAUGAUGGAAGGCCCCUCCCAGGCACAUGACAAACUCUAUGAGGAGGCUUACCCUAACUGGCCUCCAGCUGGCUCUUUUCUUGAAACUCAGCCCAGCCGCACAAGAGCAAGAGCAGACUGAAGAAACCAGAGGGACCAGGUGCUGAGACCAAGGUUGACCCGCAGAUAGGGGCUGUCCCACUCCAGAGCCCAGCUUGAAGGGCACAUGAGCCGGAGAGGUGCCAAACCAGGUAGCCGCCUCAGGCACUCCUGUGGCCUCUCCGCCAGGGCCCCCACCCAGGGGACUACUGAGCAGCCAAGAAAAGCCAUGCAUUGCAGACACAGUGUGGCCGCGGAUGGAACUCAGCAUAGACUGCAAUCCACCUUCUUCAGCCCUGCCCAAGCCCGGUGGAAAGGGGUGCACUGUGGGGCUGCGAUGGCCCAGCUGGAGUUUGCUGCGGCACAGAGGCGCGGGCGCCCUUCCAAAGCACACACUCAAUCAAUGAAUGUUUACAGACUGGCUGUCCUGGCGGGGCUUCCAACUGCACACGGUUUUUAUAUUUUCUUUCUUUCUUUUUUUUUUUUUUAAUAUUUUUUACAAAAAAAAAAAGAUUUUAUACGAGCAAUAUAUAUAUAUGGAUUUCUAUAAUCACUCGAUGUGACACAGUACAAAUAUGCUAUGGUCUGUUGUUACGGACAUCCACCCACCAGUUACGGCCAUUGUAAUUCCUAAGUACUGUAGGCUCUGGGUGUUGUGGGGUGGCCAGGUGGGUGGGGUACAUUUCCAUCCUUGUAACCCCUUCCUAGUCCCCAGUCCUGUAUCGCUCAGUAAACAUUGCUCUUAAUUACUCA